UCUCCACGAUUAGGAAAACCGUCUAAUGGCCGCGUGAUUUCUAUUUAGGUGUACGCUCUCGGAUCAGGUUCGACCGGAUUUCUGUUCAUGCAAACGUACAGUCUGAGGUCUGCGUUCAGCUGCAGCACAACUUUGGUGUGGUUUACGAGAACGAUCUGCAUGGAGGAGUCAUCAGAAGGAAACCUUACUCGCGACCACGCAAGCUGAAGCUUUUGGAACGACCCUCACAGCCCACUGACUUCAACAUCUUAGUGUUCUGCACGGAAGAAAGAACUGACCCAGAUUGGGGAUGAACUGGGCAGGACUGCAGAUCCUCCUCAGUGGGGUGAACCAGUACUCCACCGCUUUCGGGCGUGUUUGGCUCUCCGUGGUGUUCGUGUUCAGGUUGUUGGUGUUCGUCGUAGCAGUGCAGCGCGUUUGGGGCGACGACUCGAAAGAGUUUGUGUGCAAUACAAAGCAGCCUGGCUGCACCAAUGUGUGUUACGACAGCAUCUUUCCCAUCUCCCACAUUCGCCUCUGGGCUCUGCAGCUCAUCUUCGUCACCUGCCCAUCCCUCUUGGUGGUGGCUCACGUCAAAUUGAGAGAAGAGAAGGACAAAAAGUACACAAAACUACACAAGGGUGAACAUCUGUACGCCCGCCCAGGGAAAAAGCGAGGUGGGCUGUGGUGGACCUACAUGCUCAGCCUUUUCUUCAAAGCGGGGUUCGACGGUGCCUUUCUCUACAUCCUCCAUUACAUCUACGACGGCUUCGACAUGCCACGUCUCUCCAAGUGCUCUCUGGAGCCGUGUCCGAACACGGUGGACUGUUACAUCUCGCGGCCUACGGAAAAGAAAGUCUUCACGCUCUUCAUGGUGGUUAUGACUGCAUUGUGCAUUCUGAUGUGCAUCUGUGAAAUGUGCUAUCUGGCCGUAAAGAAAAUACACAAAGCACUAAUCAGGCGAAUGGUUAACGGAAAGGUGGCUUGUGAGCACCACGACGCUACAGAUCAUGCAAAUCAAAGACAGAAACGUAGAAUAGAUCCCACCCUCACCAGUGUGGAAAACCUUAGCUUGCUAAAACAAACAAAGCCAUCUCCGGAAAAAAAAAGUGCCAUCUAGUGAGUCAUGAAUAUAUAAUUUCAUAAUUUCCAAUUAUAAAGUCGGAUAACAGUGAUGGACACGAGGGGGAUUAGUCAACACUUUCCACAGAAUGUAUAGCAUUUAAGUCAUUUAAUUCAGCGACUGUAGGGUUUCAAGUUAAGGGGGGUGAAUACUUAUGCAAUUACUGUAUACCCCUUAUAGGGAGGUAUAUAAGCCUGAAAUCUAUUGUAGGUCAAAACUCAGGUAAAUUGUAUAUAGUCUAGUCACAAUAAAUAAGAUGUUUUAUGAGCAAA